AACUGUUAGCGUCUCGAGGAAAAAAAACCGCGUCAGGUCGGGUGGCGCGAGCGAGAAAGAGUGUGUGUGCGCGUUAGUCGAAUGGUGGGAUUUUACCUCAAGGAUUAACCCGGUCCGAGCUGACAGGAACCAUCGCCAACGCAAAACCGGACUUUCACUCGCACAGAAAAGGAGCCUUAUGACUCGCUAAGGAUGGUACGAGAAACCAGGCAUCUCUGGGUGGGGAAUUUGCCGGAAAAUGUGCGCGAAGAUAAGAUUAUCGAGCAUUUUAAACGAUAUGGCCGUGUGGAAAGUGUCAAAAUUCUUCCCAAAAGGGGCUCAGAAGGUGGAGUGGCAGCCUUUGUGGAUUUUGUGGACAUCAAAAGUGCGCAAAAAGCACACAAUUCUGUCAACAAAAUGGGAGACAGGGAUCUGCGAACGGAUUACAAUGAGCCUGGCACUAUUCCUAGUGCUGCUCGGGGAUUAGAUGAUACCGUUCCUAUAGGAACUCGUACUAGAGAGGUUUCAGGGUUCAGGGGAGGUGGUGGGGGGCCAACAUAUGGACCACCACCAUCACUACAUGGACGGGAAGGACGUUAUGAACGGAGACUUGAUGGGGCUUCUGAUAACAGGGAGCGUACUUAUGAUCACAGUGCCUAUGGACACCACGAUCGUACAACAGCAGGGUUUGAUCGCCCAAGGCAUUAUGAGCAGGAUUACUAUAGAGAUCCUCGAGAUCGAACUAUACAACAUGGAGUUUAUUAUGGGUCAAGAAGUCGAAGUCCAACUCGAUUUGAAGCUCAUGAUCCACGUUAUGAACAAAGAGGGAGGGAACAGUUUGCAAUAUCAAGUGUAGUGCACAGAGAUCUCUACAGGGAAGACAUUACGCGGGAAGUAAGAGGGAGACGGCAAGAAAAAAAUUAUCAGCACAGCAGGAGUCGAUCCCCACAUUCCUCACGGUCAGGAAACCAAUCCCCACAGCGGUCUAGCCAAGCAUCAAGGUCACGGCGUUCUCCCAGUGGCAGUGGGUCGCGAAGUAGGUCAUCAAGCAGUGAUUCUGUCAGCAGCAGCAGUAGUACCAGCAGUGACAGUAGUGAUUCUAGCAGCAGUUCCAGUGAUGAAUCUCCAGCAAGAUCAGUUCAGUCUGCUGCAAUCCCUGCACCGCCAGUUCAACUCCCAACACCUGUGGAAAAGGAUGAACCACGUAAGAGCUAUGGAAUCAAAGUCCAAAAUUUGCCUGUACGCUCUACUGAUACAAGCCUUAAAGAUGGUCUUUUCCAUGAAUUUAAAAAGUAUGGGAAAGUAACAUCUGUGCAAAUCCAUGGUGCAUCUGAAGAACGGUAUGGUCUCGUAUUCUUUCGACAACAGGAAGACCAAGAGAAGGCCAUGAAUGCAUCAAAGGGGAAGUUAUUUUUUGGUAUGCAGAUUGAAGUUACUGCGUGGACAGGCCCAGAAACUGAAAGUGAAAAUGAAUUUCGACCAUUGGAUGACCGAAUAGAUGAGUUUCAUCCCAAAGCCACAAGAACAUUAUUUAUUGGAAAUCUGGAGAAAACCACAACUUAUGGAGAUCUCCGAAACAUCUUUGAACGAUUCGGGGAAAUUGUGGAUAUUGACAUCAAGAAGGUAAAUGGGGUUCCUCAGUACGCCUUCCUACAGUACUGUGACAUUGCAAGUGUCUGCAAAGCCAUCAAGAAAAUGGACGGAGAGUACUUAGGAAAUAAUCGGCUCAAGGUCAGGAAGGAGAAAUACAGUCAUUUGCUUAUCAGGAAUAUUCACUUAUCAGGAAUUCACAGUGAAAUAUUAUUGGGAUUUGGAAAGAGCAUGCCAACUAACUGUGUCUGGCUAGAUGGUCUGUCUUCAAACAUUACUGAACAAUAUUUAUCCAGACAUUUCUGUCGUUAUGGACCUGUGCUCAAAAUUGUGUUGGAUCGUCAGAAAGGAAUGGCUCUGGUGUUGUACGAUGAAAUUGAAUGCGCACAAACUGCGGUGCAGGAGACCAAGGGCAGGAAGAUUGGAGGAAAUAGAAUAAAGGUGGAUUUUGCAAAUCGUGAGAGUCAGCUGGCAUUUUAUCGUUCUAUGGAAGUCUCUGGGCAGGACAUCAGAGAUUUAUAUGAAAUCUUCGCUGAGAGAAGGGAGGACCGGAGGGGAUCAUAUCAUGAAUAUCCUGCGGAUCGUGCUUACUUUGAUGCGGUUAGAGGACCAGCUGCUGUAUUUCCUGAAGAUCCUCGAAGGGAUUAUCGUGCAAGAAGUAGAGAUUUUUAUGCGGAGUGGGAUCCUUACCAGGGCGACUAUUAUGAUCCUCGUUAUUAUGAAGAUCCACGGGAAUAUAGAGACUAUAGAGAUCCAUAUGAACAGGACAUAAGGGAGUACAGUUACAGACAGCGAGAAAGAGAAAGAGAGAGAGAACGCUAUGAAUCUGAUAGAGAACGAGAUCACGAAAGGCGAACUUGUGAGCGAAGCCAAAGCCCAACGCACUCGAGAAGAGCUCAGAGUUGCAGCGCUUCACCAGCACAGUCUGAGAGGCAUCAAAGUGACAGUGUGGAUUCUGAACGCAGGAUAUACAGUCGAUCAUCGGACCGUAGCGGUAGUUGCAGUUCACUAUCACCUCCACGAUACGAUAAGGCAGAUAAACCAGACAAAGUCCGACCAGACCGUUAUGAGAAAAAUGAAAAGGAGAAGGAUCGGCUGUUUGAACCUGAAAGAGCUGAAAAACGAACCCAAAGAAAAGACAAGUCUGAAAAAUUGGAAAGAGCAAAGAAAAUUGAGAAAUCUGAAGUAGAGAAACCGGAUAAGAAAGAGAAAAUUGAGAAGCUUAAAAUACGGAAGGUGAAACCUCCAUCUCCAAGUUCCCUGUCUUCUGAAACAGACCAUGAAGUAGAUAGGGACCUAAAUCUUGAUAGUCUAAAGGGCAAAACUAAACAAGGAAAAGAUAAAGCAGAGAAAGAAGGAGCUUCAAAAAAUCGUUUGGAUUUAAUUCCUUGUGUGGUGUUAACUCGUGUAAAGGAGAGAGAGGCAAAAAUGAUUGAGCCCUUGAAUGCAGAGAAACCAAGAGGAAAGUCAGAGAGUGACACUGUCAAAUCUCCAUCUGCAGAACAGAAUAAAGUACAGUUAACUCGACUUGACCAGACAAAAACUGAACAAUCAAAAUUAGAACCUUCCAGGCCAAAAGUGCCAAAAGAGAAGUUGCUUGCCAGCCAAAUAGAGGUUGUGGGUAAGGAAGUGAAAAUUAAGCAUAAAAAGAACCUCAAAUCCGAACCAUGCCCUGAAGCACCAAAUGCAAUGGAUAUUGACAAACUGGAGGCUAGGAAGAGACGUUUUGCAGAUCCCACUUUAAGAACGGAUAGGCAGAAAUUAGAGGUUAAGCGAGGCAGUCAAGAGGAAGAGGAACUCCGGCUAGGUCUAAGAAAACAACCUGAACUGGCUGCUUGGAGAGAAAUGCCUACAGUAGGCAAAGAAGGAGAUUUGGACCGAAGACCUUUGCGGAAAGAAUUACUCAAAAGGGAGCAUAGGAAAGUCAAGCAAGAGAAACUAAUUUCAGCAUUUAGCCCCAGAGAAGGACAGGAGUCUGCUACUGUUUCUGCGGGAAUUGGCUUGCGGCCCAGUAUAGAAGCACAGUCAAGAUUAAGUGAGCCAUCUGAAGAACCAGUAGAAACUCCAGAAAUUGCAUUAAAGAAACUGAAUACAACGAAGCCUCCAAAUAAGGGAACUGUGCAGCCAUUGCUCCCACAUCUUGAUGAGGUACCAGCGGAAGGAGAGACUAAAAGAGAGGAAAGGAAAAGAAAGUACAGUGGUACCCCUGAGGACACAAAUGAUCACAAGUCUGCCCAUGAAAAAUUACAAACCAUUGAUGCGGAUGAGAAACUUGGGAUUGAUAUUGAUUACACUCAAAGUUAUAGGAAACAGAUGGAGCAGAACCGUAGACUUAAACAGCAACAGGAAAUGGAAAUGGCAAAAUCUGAAAAGUACAACAGCCCCAGGAAAGAAAAUGCAGAUGAAUUUGAAAGGAGGAGUUUGGUCCAUGAAGUGGGGAAGCCACCUCAGGAUGUCACAGAUGAUUCCCCUCCAGUUAAACGGAGAAAAACUGAUCAAUUUGACUUUGAAACUAGCUUGAAACGAGAAAGAAAUUACAGAAGUUCUCGUCAGCUAAGUGAAGAUUCUGAGAAAACUGUCCUUUCCCCUGGAUUUCGACAUAUCCUCUCUUAUCAGGAUGAGGAUGAUAAUGAUUCCCCCCAUCAGGCAUUACUACCAAAAGAACCAAAGGAUUCUCCAAAAUUAGACUCCACCUUUCAGAUUCCUGUUAGAGAAGAACCUUUAAAAUGCAAUGCUCAUGAGUCAAAUAAGCGAGAACAAAUGCUGGAUUUGGCUAGGUUUAAAAUAAUGUCUCAGAGCUCAGAAGAAGAGGCACCUCGUUGGGAAACACGUCUAAAACUAGAUGCAAAUAGGUCUGAUGUUAGCUUUCCCAGUAGCAUUAUAAAACGAGAUGGCAUUCGCAAACGUUCUGUACGUGAGCUUGAACCAGGUGAGGUACCAUCUGAUUCUGAUGAGGAUAAUGAACACAAAUCUUCUCAUUCACCUAAAGCUUCAACAUCUUUUGAAAGUUCUAGAUUACCUUUAUUCCUGCGAAAUAGGGAAGAUAGAUUAUCAGACUUAAAGCUGUCAAGCUCACUAGAAAGAAAUAAAUUCUACUCCUUUGCACUUGACAAGACCAUUACCCCUGAUACCAAGGCUUUACUUGAGAGAGCAAAGUCUCUGUCUUCAUCCCGAGAAGAAAAUUGGUCAUUCUUAGAUCGGGAUUCAAGGUUUGCCAGCUUCAGGAAAGAUAAAGAUAAAGAAAAGGUUGAAUCAGCACCAAGGCCAAUCCCUUCUUGGUAUAUGAAAAAGAAAAAAAUUAGAACAGAUUCUGAAGGCAAAAUAGAUGAAAAGAAGGAAGAUCAUAAGGAGGAUGAACAGGAGAGGCAAGAAUUAUUUGCUUCCCGGUUCCUCCAUAGCUCAAUCUUUGAGCAGGAUUCAAAACGCUUACAGCAUCUUGAAAGGAAAGAAGACGAUAUGGAUGUAAUUUCUGGUCGGUUAUUUGGAAGGCAGGGAUCUGUUGAUGGCUCCAGUAAUACCCCAGAUCUCAUACAGGAACCUGUAGUUUUAUUUCACAGUCGGUUUAUUGAAUUGACACGUAUGCAACAGAAGGAGAAAGAAAAGGAUCAGAAGCCAAAGGAACUUGAGCGACGAGAAAUUGAGAAAGAAGUUCAACCUAAAACAACAGAGCCUGUAUCUGAAUUGAAAGAAUCAGAUUUAAAAAAUACUUGUCCUCUUUUAAGGACUAUAGUCCCACCACCACCACCACCACCACCUCCACCACCUCCUCUGACCACAAGUUUUCAGGCACUACCUGCUGAACAGCAAGAAACCGUUAAGAGUAAAACAGCAAAUGAAACCCUGGUGACAGAAAGUGUAGUUUCCAACUCAGGAGAGAAUCGUUCAGAAUCUGGACCUGCUGCUGAUGCAUCUAAACCUGCCAUUGUUAACGUGAGCCCCUGUGAAGAAAUGGAACCUAUUGUUGUAAACAAGCAGUUGGAAGCAAAUGUUACUUCAGAACCAGUGGCUUCUGGGCAGGAAUCAGUAGUUAGAGAACAUCUGUCUUAUUUGGAUACCAAACCACCAACUCCAGGGGGGAAUGAUGUACAAGAAAUCUGCAUCAAUGCUGAACCUAAAGUGCCAGAGAUCAAUGCAGAUUCCUCCAAACCUAUCCCAAAAGAGGUAGUACCCGAGGAGCACAAAGAUAAUAAGAAUCCUCCUGUCAGUGUUGAACUGGAUGUCAACAAGAAAGAAGAGCAUUCGGGAAUCCGUCCACAAGUUUCUGACAAUGAAAUGGAUACUGAGCCUUCUGUAGUUUUAAAAGAGAAAAAGAAUUCCAAAAAUAAAAGAACAAAGACUCCACUUCAAGCCAUCACUGCAACCAUUUCAGAAAAGCCGGUCACAAGAAAAAGUGAAAGGAUAGACCGUGAAAAGCUUAAACGGUCGUCAUCACCUCGUGGCGACACUCAAAAACUUCAGGACCAAAAGCUAGAUGUAGAAAAGGUCUCCAAAAACACAGCAAAGUCUCCAAGUUCAGCCCCUGAGUCAGAAACCUCUGAGCCAAGUCUUCCUUUAGGUAGAACAAGACGCAGAAAUGUGCGGUCAGUUUAUGCCACAGUUGAUGAUGGCCCAUCCUUAAUAAAGGACUCAACAGAUACAUUGCGUUCAACCAGGAAAAGGGCUGAGAAAGAAGUUCAGGAAUCACCAAAUGUACAAACCCCUCCACGACGGGGAAGACCUCCAAAAUCCCGUCGUAGACCUGGUGAAGAAGUGCCAUGCUUUAAAGCUGACCAGGUAAAACAGGACGCUGAAGAAACCGAAACGAAAGAUGGUACUGAAAGCACAAAACCUGUGGAAGGGUGGAAGUCACCUCGAUCUCAGAAAACCGCACAAAGUCAUUCUUCAGCUGCUCAGAGUAGCCAGAUAGGAAGAAAAGGAGUUAAAACAGAACCAAGAACUGCUGAAAUUUGUGUUGAUGCUGCAGAGCCCUUAAUUGAGCAAAGCUCAACAGCUGAGAAUAUCAAAGCCUCGGCUGAGGGAAAUGAGAUAGUAAGUGACCAAAAAUCUGACAGAAAUGAUGGUGCAGUAGAGAAGUGUCCUUCAACUAACAAUUCGGGUGAAAUGAUAGAGAAAAGAUCUGUGGAGAAAGGCUCAAAGUCAAAAUGUGGUAGAGGGAGAAAUGCAAAGGCUAGUGAGGACAAAAUGUGUCUACGAAAUUUGGAAAUAAGACUUAGCACUGAAGAAGUAAAAGGUGUUCUUCACUCAGGUGAUGGAGAAGUGUCUGUGACACCAAAGAAGGACCCACCGAGAAAUGACAGUCAGUCACCUGAGCUCGUUAAAGAAGAAAUGGGUGAUACGUUUUUAGGACCUCCCAAAUCACCAGAAGAAGAAAUAGCAAAACCCGAGUGUUCACCAGAAGCUGUACAACGAGCUAAACAGAUAGAACUUGAAAGAGCAGUGGAGAACAUUGCAAAAUUAACAGAAAUCCCAACUGUACAUCCUUACAAAGAGACUGCAGAUGAGCCAGAUGUUAGAACAGAGGAAGACGUGGAAAAGCCUGCCCAUCAGGCAAGUGAAACUGAGCUUGCAGCAGCCAUUGACUCCAUUAUUGCUGAUGAAUCAGCAGAACCAGAUAGCUUCCCAUCUGCUCCAAGAUAUCCUACUGAACAAACUGUAGCAGGUAUCUCUGAAGAUCAAAUGGUACUUCCUACACCACCAGACACGUUGCAGCCUGAAACUGAUCAGGAUAUUGUGAAUAUUUUAGAGUCAGCUGCAGACGUUGGUGCCUCAGGCCGAUUGUUGGCAAAGGGUCAACCCUCAAACCGUUUGAUAUCAAAGAUCCCAGCUUCAGGUCGUUUGCUGUCUAAAGCCCCAGUUUCUGGCCGCUCUAUUUCUAAAUCUCCUGCUUCAGCAGAAAAUGUGGUUACAGAGGUUCCCUCUUCAGUUGAAAGCAUGGUUUCUGAAGUUCCCACCUCUACAGACAACAUAAUUCCUAAAGUUCCUACCUCAGCAGACAACAUAGUUCCUGAAAAUGCUACACCAGUAGACACCCCUUCAGCAGACAGUGUGAUAUCUAAAGCUCCAGUCCCAUUGGAGAGCACGAUUGCUAAGGUUUCUGGCUCAGUUGAGAGUGUAAUAUCUAAAGCACCUGGCUCAGUUGAGAGUGUAAUAUCUAAAACUCCUGUCUCAGUUGAGAGUGUGAUUUCUAAAGUACCUGUCUCAGCUGAGAGUGUGAUUUCUAAAGUUCCAGUCUCCACAGAGAGCAUGGUUUCUGAAACUCCCAUUUCAACAGAAGGUGUUGUUCCCUCCGCUCUGUCCUUGGACACUUCCGCUUUGAAAACUCCAGUUAUGGACAGUCACUCAGCAGUUUCAGUCAGUUCAGCUUCCAGAUCGCCUUUAUUGACUACAGUGGCUGAGGCAAAAAGUCCUGAUGUGUGUUUUCAGCGAUCUGGAAAUAUUUCCCAGAAAACAGAGAACCUUCCAUUGCCAGAACCUGCUGAAGUCCCACGGACCCCAAGUCGUAGAGGGCGUUCAAAACCUCGAAUGACAAGGCGUAAUAGAAGAGGGAGCACUGGCAGAAAGGGAGAGUUAGCAGAUGGCAAUAAUUCUGAACCCGAACCAGUGCCUGUUUCUGCUGACAUUAAACAAAACAGUGUUACAGCAGAAACCGUUUCUGAAAAAUGUGCAAAUAAAUCAGUGGUAGAACCUAUUUCUGUUUCCAAGAGUGAUACAGACAAUCUGACUAAAUUAGAAGAGAGUAAACUUGGUGGUAUGAAACCCUCUGAAUCAGAUAAGGAUUCAACAACUGAAGCUAUUUCACCACAUGAUCCACUGCAUUCUUCAGCCUGUAAUGAAGAUAACAGAAGUCCUCCCUGUUUUAAACUAAAGCAACACACUGAGUUUGCACCUGAAGCUCAAUCAAAACAAAACAUGUCAAGAGUAGCUAUUAAUGCUUUCCCAACCACGACUACUGCAAAGAUUUCAGUAACUCCUGCACCUGCCUUGGGAACUGCACAUAUUAGUCCUGGGGUUGUGCCAGAUUGGAUGUCAAGGCAUGAGGCAUCUCGUGCUUGUUCUACACCCCCUCCUACUGCUCCUCCCCCAGAUACCAAAGCUUCUGACCUUGACACCAACUCUAGUACAUUGAGGAAAAUUCUCAUGGAGCCAAAGUAUGUUUCAGCUACAGGUGUUCCAACCACGUUUGUAACUACAGCAAUAAAUGAGCCACUGACUUCGGUUCGGACAGAAGAAGCUUUCCCUUCAAGUGAAGCUAGCAAACUGAUAUUGGAUGAAAAAGCUGUAGUUCCACCUAGCAGUACUGGAGGACAACAAAUAUCAGAGAUGCCAGUGUUUAAUGAGAAAGAAAAGCAUGGUGGUCCUUUGAUAUCACCCAAAGUUACUUCUGUAAUAAGCAGGAUCCCACCUAGUUUAGAUCAAGAGGAAGCGGCAAAGGUGACAGCAAAUAGCCGAGGCCCAGCCAGCCUUCCAUCUCAGACACCAAGUCUCCCAACUGUGUCACUGACCAAACAGAAAUAUAGAUCAAACUUAACUGAAAAUAGCAGAUACAAGCUUGGGACAGUGGCAUUCAUUGGAGAUGAGUCUCGGCAGGUGGAUAAUCUUGCAUUAAACCAGGGAUCGAGUCCACGACUGAGAGUAAAUACUUCUGAAGGGGUUGUGGUGUUGAGUUACUCUGGUCAGAAAACAGAAGGUCCUCAAAGAAUAAGUGCUCCAAUCAGCCAGAUUCCACCUGCUAGUGCAGUAGAUAUAGAAUUUCAACAAUCUGUGUCCAAGUCACAAGCCAAACCAGAGCCAGUUUCACAAUCACAGCCUGUUUCAAAGGGUUCACAAACUCCAUCAGGUUAUAGCAAUGUGAUUGGCACUCAUUCCUCAAGCAUACUUGUUGGACAUGGUGGUCCCCAAUCUUAUAACACAUCACCUGUUAUUUCAAGUAUUAAACAAGAGCAUCAAAUCCAUGAGAAAUCUGAAUCAGCUAUGCAUUCAGGUACACUAUCGACUCAGCCAGGAGCAGUUAAGAUCGUCUACAAUCCUUUACCGAACAUUGUAUCUACUAACAAGAAAGGUGGAGACCCAGUUGUUCCCAAAAUUGAAGCUGUUAAAGUAACACAGCAGUCAACCCUGAGCCCAGGAAUCAGCCCUCAUCAUGCUGCUAUGCCAAGUAAGUUGCAAUCAGACACUAACCACAUCAGUUCUGGACGUGGUACUCCAACAGAAAGAGGUCUGCCUCUGCCAGUCUCCAUUAAACAGGAACCCCAUUCUCCACGCACAUCUGUUCAUUCCCCUUCUCCAUUUCCCAAAGUGUGUCAGCCGAGUAGCACCUCAACAACUUCCCAAUCAAUGAAUGCUAAUAUGGUUAUAAAUGCUGGUCUCACUAUGACACAAUUUGUUCCAAGUGUUCAUUUGCCAGAGCAAUCGGUCAUUAUGCCUCCUCAUAGUGUGACACAGACUCAGGUGGUCUCCUUAGGGCAUCUUUCUCAGGGUGAAGUAAGAAUGAAUGCUCCUUCAGUACCAGGUAUUCCAUUUGGCAUAAGGCCCGAGACUCACCAUCCCUCUCCUAGAGCUGUCCUCCAACCUCAAAUGGAACUUCGUUCGCAGAGAUCAAACACACCACAGUCAACAGUUAUCAGAGACUUGUGUAUGCCUCAGAUAUCCAACCAGCAUCAACCUGAUGAAGAACUACUUCAUUAUCAUGGACUUAGAAGAGGAUCAGCUCCCUUACAGCCAGAUGUCCUUGUGAUGCAGCCAGACUACAGAAUCCAUCCUGGAGGUUUGCGACUGGACCAAUACAAUGUGCCCCAGGAGAUGUUACUGCGUGACGUUAGGAUGAUGUACCCACCUAUGACAGCUGUAGGUGAUGUCCAUGGUGAGGCCAGACAAGCUAGGACUCCUGAUGGAUCUGUUAAAACUCCUCCUACUAGUAAAACUCCUCAACCAGCUAAAGAGGCCCCAAAAACAUCUGAAGUAAAAAUGACAAAGUCACCUCACAAUGAAACUCGGUUGAUCAAUGUACCUCCUGGAAUGCCUAUGUCUCAAUCUGUAAUGGUAUCGCAUGGCGUUCAACUCAUGCACCAAGUCCCUAGUUCCUUCCAUGACUAUCCACGCGUGUAUCAAGAUCCACGGAACUUCCACCAUUCUCACCUUGGUCAUCCACCGUUUGGAGGAAUGAAUCUACCAUCUCGCAGCAUGACUCCUCAGGGUAUUUCAGAAGGGGAGCAUGUACAUCCUGGCCAGAGAAGUAAAACUCCACAAAUAUCCCAGGAUGCUAAGGGAUCUGCAGCUUCUGAGCAUCCUCAUCAUGUAUCUAUCACCAGACUAACAGGGCAGAUGGAAUUGCACUCUCCUCACUUACAGCAUCUACAGAGAGAGAGGGUACAGCCGGAAGCUAAUCUAACUUCUUAUCCUUCUCCAACUGGAGUGUCUAUGCCAAUCAAGCAUGAACUAUCCUCACCACACCAGCCCCUAACUCCAAAACAACCAUCUUUUAUCUCCACACAAUCCUCAACAUCAGGAACAGCCCCAUCACCGGUGAUAUCCAGGUCAGACCCUCCAACUACUGGAAAGCAGGAGCCACAGCCACCAUCAGGCUCACAGAGACCUGUGGAUAUGGUUCAGCUUCUCACAAAAUACCCAAUUGUAUGGCAGGGGCUGUUGGCUCUGAAGAAUGACACAGCAGCAGUGCAACUCCAUUUUGUGUCAGGCAACAAUGUGCUGGCACACCGGUCACUUCCAGCGCCUGAAGGUGGGCCUCCUCUCAGAAUUGCUCAGCGUAUGCGGCUGGAGGCAACGCAGCUAGAAGGUGUAGCACGUAGAAUGACGGUUGAAACUGAUUACUGCUUAUUGUUGGCUUUACCGUGUGGUCGUGAUCAGGAAGAUGUAGUGAGUCAGACAGAGUCCUUGAAGGCUGGUUUUAUUAGCUAUCUACAACUAAAACAAGCUGCUGGAAUAAUCAAUGUUCCAAAUCCUGGCUCAAAUCAGCCUGCUUAUGUUCUUCAAAUAUUCCCACCCUGUGAAUUCUCUGAAAGUCAUCUGUCCCGUCUAGCCCCAGAUUUGCUGGCCAGCAUCUCCAACAUCUCCCCUCAUCUAAUGAUCGUCAUUGCUUCAGUGUGAGCAUUUGGUUCGCUCUCGUUUUUAAUCUUUGACUCCGUUACACUGCCAACUGCCAAUCUUCUUCCAAGCAAGGCCCGACUUGGACAAUGGGCAGCUACGUGUUUACAAUGUUUCCGGCCCUGAGCGAACUGGUGGCUCCAGUGGCAGAGUGGAAACCUCUCUGUGUAAUCCUGCACUCUCGGCGAUUCCUGUUUAUGUGAAUUGGGAUUACCAUUGCACUAUAUUAGUGACUUGGUGACUGUAUGGCAGUAGAUUGCUAUGGAUCUUAUCAUGGUAGCAUCCUGGACCCCUCUGAUGAACUUGAAGGCAGGACCUCAGAAUCUCUACCUGUUUCAGUAGGGCCAGAGUUGGGAUGCUUUUCAACCCCACCAUCAGUUAUAAUGAUCAACUUUUUCGUUUUGUAAAUCUCCCUUCUUUGCGAGGGAAUCAAAUGGGCUGAAUUCUGAGAGAAGAGGGAUGAACGGUUUAAGCUGAAAAGGUGAAUAAAGCUGAUGGCAAAUGCUGAAUCCUUGGAACCAUGAAUUCAAACUUUACUGAGAUGAAAAGAAACAUACAAUUUUACCUGUGCCAAAAUGCAUUUUCAGAGAAAUCUUAUUUUCAUAUGCGGACUUUGUACUUUCAUUCAUUCUUAAGUGCGCUUCACUACUCCCUAACGCUGCCCUUCAAGAUGUGAGAGUAUUUUAUGCUUGUCAGGACAUCUCUUCGGUCUCAUUAAUUUAUAAAUUCUUUCCACAGUCUUUUCUUUGUUUUUUUUAAUCCCUUUGUUGUUUGGAGCAAUCGAAGUCUGAUUUAAGCCCAUGUGGUGAAAAGUGGUCUCCAAUAUGCAGCAAAACUGGUACUGACUAAACAAGCCCCCGUACUCCUAAUAGGAUGGGGAUGCAAGGGGACUGGUACUCCCAAGAAAACAGGGGCUGUGCUGUCUGAGCCAGCCAUGAACGCUGUAACUACCUACUGGCAGCAAACAGUCUCCUUGUACUUUUUAAUGGCGUUUGUACAUAGUACUUUUGGAAUUCUGUGCUUUGGUCUGAUCUGAUUAACUUGUGUAAAAAAGAAAGGAACCCCAACCCCACACAGACUUGAACCGUGUUACACAGUGCUGUAAAUAUUUGUAAAACUCAAAACAAUUCUUUCAUGGUAAUGUUGAAGGCACUUAUAAUUUUGAUACACAGAAUAAAAAUCU